AUGGGACAGUAUCUCAAUGGAUUUGUGACUGGGUUGCCAAAUACUCCAAGGAGAAGUGAUUUGAUUUGGGUGAUUGUUGAUAGGAUGACUAAAUUGACUCAAUUUAUACCGAUUAAGAUCAGUUUUUCAUUACAAAGAUUGGCUGAGAUAUACAUUAGUAUUGUUGUGAAGUUGUAUGGAAUUCUGUCAAGUAUAAUUUCCGACCAAGAUCUGAGGACCCUCCAUAAGACUUAUCACGACAAGCAAAUGAAAGAUCUUGAGUUUCACGAAGGUGAUCAUGUUUUUUUUAGAGUCACCCCUAUGAUCGGUGUUGGUCAUGCCCUAAAGUCUAAAAAGAUUACUCCUUGCUUCAUUGGACCAUAUCAGAUUACUCAGAGGAUUGGAGUUGUUUCCUACCGUAUGGAUUUACCCCCAUCUCUCUCGAAUUUGCAUGAUGUUUCCCAUGUGUCACAGCUCCGGAAGUAUGUUCAUGACCCACCUCACGUAAUCCAAAUGGAUGAUGUGCAUGUUCAGGAGAAUCUAACUAUUGAGACAUCACAUGUUCGAAUUGAGGAUAGAAAAGUGAUGCAACUAUGUGGCAAAGAGAUUAUUCUUGUGAAGAUUGUUUGGGGGAGGACCUGUUGGAGGUAG